AUUAACACCACAGUGCUGUGAGCCGUUUGGCAUAUCGGGCCUUUGCAGGAAAGGGAAAAAUCGGACUUUUUGUGGGACGUGCGACGUUAUGCGACACGAAACUCGUCGGCUGCAGUGGAAAGAAGGAGCGAACGUUAGGAGAGCGUUUUUCUGUCAAUCGUGAGACGCGCGCAACACGAUAUCCGAACGACGACGGGAAGGUGGUUGCGACGCCUGAUCACAAAUAUUCGUUAGUUCGGUUUGGAUAGGCCCAGCUGGCUUUUGGGUCUUCAUUUCGUUGUUGGAGUCCGAACCGUUCGGUCUAGACUAUACAUUGCUCGAGCGAACUUUUUCAGUGCAUGCGGCGUCGACGCGGGGACCCCGGACUUAAUUGUGCCUGCGAUCGAGAAAGUAAAUUAACGUUCAUCAAGGGUGAAUGAGGUUUUUGGAAGUGAGAAGAUUGGCCGAAAAAAAAGCGCGUUAAUUUUGGGUGUUACAACCAUUUUGGUGAAGGUGAUGAGUUUGUGAGAGUAGAAAGUUUCGAUAUCUGUGAGUUUAAAGGGGAAAACAAAGCUCCAUCAUGACCGUGCGAGUUAUCAACACGGUUCAGUUUAUAGCGGGAAAUUCGGCCCAGGACUCGAUGGCGAAGAAAAUCCCGACGCAGAAGGGUAAAGUCGUCGUAAUCAACGAUGCUAACAACAACGAAACGAUCCUCGGUGAUGACCGGAGCACCACCGAACAGGAUAUCAAUGCCUAUCUGGAGCACUACAACAAGUGGAAACAGACCAAGCUGGGUCACUGGUUGACCUAUAUCGUGCGGCAGUACUUGGGGUACGAGUUCGAUGCCGAGAUCAAGUGGAAGAACGUACUGAUGAUCGGUGCGUUCCAUCUGGUUGCGAUCUAUGCCUUCUUCAAGUACGUCUGGCAGGCAACACUCGUCACUUACUUGUGGGGUUUCUUCGUUGGAGGUUGUGCCGGUUUCGGUGUCACAGGCGGCGUUCAUCGGUUGUGGUGCCACCGGUCGUACAAGGCGAAACUGCCCCUUCGGAUUAUCCUGGCCAUCUGCUACUCGAUCGCCGGUCAGAACACGAUCUACGAUUGGGUUCGGGAUCAUCGCAUCCAUCACAAGUACUCGGAAACGGACGGCGAUCCACACAACUCGAACCGUGGCUUCCUGUACGCCCACGUCGGUUGGCUGAUGCUACGCAAACAUCCCGAAUGUAUCAAAAAAGGUCGCCUGAUCGAUAUGAGUGACAUCACCAGCGAUCCGGUGGUGCGGUUCCAUCACAAUAACUUCAUGUUGAUGAAGCUUCUGUUUUGCUUCUUCCUGCCGACCUUCAUCCCGUGGUACUUCUUCGGUGAAAACUUCCGUCUAGCCUUCUUCAGCCAGUGCUUCGUGCGGUUCGUGCUGAGUUUAAACUUCACCUGGUCGGUCAACAGUGCUGCUCACAUCUACGGUCAUCGACCCUAUGACAAGCGCAUUCGGCCAGUGGAAAACAAAACCGUUGCGGUGGUGGCCAUGGGCGAAGGCUGGCACAACUACCAUCACGUGUUCCCGUGGGACUACAAGGCGGCCGAACUGGGCAACUAUCGGUUUAAUGUGACCACAUUUUGGCUGGACGCCUUCGCCAAGAUCGGUUGGGCAUACGACCUGAAGGAACCAUCGAAGGAGCUGGUCAGGAGAACGAUUGAGAAAUAUGGAGAUGGAACCCAUUUGACCGUUUCGUUCAAGGAUCACGUCGAGGUGCCGGAUCCGACGGAAAACACCUAACGCGUCAGCGGGUGUAUUCGAGUUUUAGAUUGUGAUCAACCAAAUCUUCUGGUUAAUGUACAGUUUAAGGGGUAGUCUAAGUGCAGCCAGAUGAUAUAAUAAUACUAAGUAUGCAUUAUGUAAUCAACAUCAGCUCAUUAUUACCGGGUCUCAUAAGAUGGGAACGAACUUAAAACUAAUACACAUUUUUUUUACAUUUGAACAAA